GACGUGAAACACCACAAACAGAACUAACACAGGAGGAAACAUUAAAGGGAAUUCAGUUUCUAAUAGAAAAUGACCUGCUGCAGAACUCCCCAGAAGACGUAGCCCAGUUCCUGUAUAAAGGAGAAGGCCUAAAUAAGACCGUAAUUGGGGACUAUCUAGGUGAAAGGGACGACUUUAAUAUUAAAGUUCUUCAAGCGUUUGUCGAACUCCAUGAGUUUGCUGAUCUGAACCUCGUUCAAGCCUUAAGGCAGUUCUUGUGGAGCUUUCGACUUCCGGGGGAGGCGCAGAAGAUCGACCGCAUGAUGGAGGCGUUCGCGUCCCGCUACUGCUUGUGCAACCCCGGCGUCUUCCAGUCCACAGACACCUGCUACGUGCUGUCUUUCGCCAUCAUCAUGCUCAACACCAGCCUCCACAACCACAACGUGCGGGACAAGCCCACGGCCGAGCGCUUCGUCACCAUGAACCGUGGCAUCAAUGAGGGAGGGGACCUCCCAGAGGAGCUGCUGCGGAACUUGUACGAGAGCAUCAAGAACGAGCCGUUCAAGAUCCCCGAGGACGAUGGCAAUGACCUGACGCACACGUUCUUCAACCCCGACCGCGAGGGCUGGCUCCUGAAGCUGGGAGGGCGGGUGAAGACCUGGAAGCGGCGCUGGUUCAUCCUCACCGACAACUGCCUCUAUUACUUUGAGUACACGACAGACAAGGAGCCCAGGGGGAUCAUCCCCCUGGAAAACCUCAGCAUCAGGGAGGUGGAGGACCCACGGAAACCGAACUGUUUCGAGCUUUAUAACCCGAGCCAUAAGGGCCAGGUCAUCAAGGCCUGUAAAACCGAGGCGGACGGCCGGGUGGUGGAGGGGAACCACGUGGUGUACCGGAUCUCCGCCCCGAGCCCCGAGGAGAAGGAGGAGUGGAUGAAGUCCAUCAGAGCGAGCAUCAGCAGGGAUCCUUUCUAUGACAUGCUGGCCACGAGGAAGAGGAGGAUUGCCAAUAAGAAAUAGAUCUUUCCCGGCCUCGGCAGGUGAAAGUGGAAACCAAAACCCCGCAGCAGAAAGUGACUGGGAGCCUCCCCGACACCCUGGGCCCCGCCUCGCUCUCCCGCCGCCUCCCCGGAGGAGGCAGCGCCUGCACCGCGCCGGCCGCGCGGCGGGAGCGCGCUCUGGGGUCGCCGAGGGCCCCGCGCCGCCGCCGCCCUCCCGCGGGCUCUGAGGGAAGCUGGCGCCCGCCGUGCCGCACGUGCUCGCCCGGGGCUGCGUCCACCGUUCCAGAAGCCGCUGUUUUCUAUCAGACAAGGAAGGAAAAGCUACCACUUUUUUAUUCAGAGUUUUUUUCUCAGAUAUAUAGGAUUAUAGCUUUUAUAUGCCUUUUUAUAUUCUGAAAUUAUAACGGAAGAUACUUUGUAGCAGUAGUAUUUUUAGAACGGCAGCUAUAAAUCUAACUCCUGGUUACACAGUAUACACCGUGCACCGAAGAAAGAUUCCGUCUGCACGACACGCGCAGCCCCGCCCGGGGCCGGGCCGGGUGUGCGGGCUGCUCCGCGGGCGCCCGGCCGCGCGUCCCUGGCCGGGCCCCCGGGGCUCCUCUUCCGCUCAGAUCGCCUUCUAAAGGGGCGGGUCGUUACAAGUGAUGGUUCUGGGUGUUUCUCUGGUCACUGCGGUCGCGGCGCCGGCUCGGUCUGUGUGCUGAGCCCCAGGAAACGGCUGCUGCUGGCCUGUUUGGACCCGCCCCCCCCCCCCCCCCCCCCCCGCGGUUCCAUGUGGUUCACCGGAACCAUGGUUCCGACCAGCUCCCGACCAGUCUUCGCUGUUUAAAACCUGUCGGCAAGACAAAUGCUUUUUACUGACCUGGUGAUAAUUUGACCCGAUCUCUUGAUGUAACGUGUAGACAAGUAACUAGAACGACUCUCAUCCCAUGUUUUCAGAGACUGACCCUCUGGCCAGGAGCAGGGAGAGCGCACGCUGCGGGUCGGAGGCUGGGGGCGCUUAGGGUUUCCUGUAAAUAGUGUAAAACCCCCAACACACGCUGGCGGCGGAACUUGAGGAGCCCCCCCCCCGUCAGGCGGCCGUCGGGGUGCUGUUGACCUAAUAGUAGGUGCUCAGGCCGUCUGCCGGAGGGAGGAUGGGUCUCCGCGCAGGACGGGGCCGCCGCGCGGCGAGGCUGGGGUGCUGUGGCUCCCCGGGGCCGCCCCUGGCCCUGCGGCCCCGCCCCGCCGCGUGGGCACGCCCCGCCUCUGCGCCCUUUGGCGUCCCGCACGUCCCGCGCAGGAUGGAAGUCCCAGACGGCGGACCUCAGGCCGUCGGCACCCGUGUGGAGAUGUUCAGUACGAGUGACUGUUCCUGUGAGUUGCCGUGGUGCUGGAACGGACCGGCUGCGGGCCCCUGGCCUGGCACCGCUGACCUGGACGGAGCUUUAAGCGCUACAUGCAGAGCGUCUGAGCCCAGGGCCCUCUGACCUGCAUCAAACUGAUUUUUUGGUUUCAUUCCCAAGCUUUUAGGCUUUGUUACUGUACCGAUACCUCAAAUUCGAAACUUCGGUUUUUGAGACAGGCCCGUCGGCAUUCUCGAAGUGCCCGGCUGCUAUAUAUGCAAUUCUGGCCUCCAGUCUUCCGUGAACAGACGGCGCCGGCCACAGCCGUAGCGCGCACGGGGAGACCGUCCCUCUGUGUCUGCCCACGUAGGCCCCGGGGAGGCAGGCCUCCCUCGCUGGGCUUUGGCCAAGGUGGGGGUGGGAGAACGAGCUGGAGGAAAGGCCCGUGGGAUGGCUCCUCUGGGCGCCUGUGAAGGCGCGGCCCGUGCGGGCUGAUGCCCCGGGAGCCUACCCGGGCCGAGGCCGCGGUGCUCGGACGCGGGGCGGGGGCACCUGCCGUCCGCGUCCGGGGAGGUCCUCGAAUUCCAGGUUUUGUUGUGACAGUAUUAACGCACCGACAUGCGAGUCCGCGCUGCCCGGCAGGGCAGGGGGGCUGUGCGGGCCUGGCCGCCUGGCCGAACCUCCAGGGGGCCGCGUUCCUCCCCCUCCCCACCCCACCCCCACAUCCGCGUGCAGUGCUGGAAUUUAGUCCCAACUCUGGCCAAAGACAAGCUCUCCUCCAGAGGCCAAGGGCAGGAGGCGGUGGAGGGGGUGCGCCGGGCGGACGGCCGCGGCCCCCCCAGCCUCGGUUAACACUUGAGGUUGAAUUGGAUGACCCUGGACCCAGGCAAGCAACAGUGUCUUCAGGAUUACGGAGCAACUUUCAACAAAGUGGUACCAAACCGAAUCAAAGUAGGAGCUAUUUAUAGAUGAAGCAGCAUUUAGUGCUUCAUAUAAAGCAAUGCAUAUUUUUAAAAGUUAAAAUGCAUAUUAUCUACAUAGAUGUGCUUUGCUGAGAAGUUAGGUCUGUUGUAGACCCGAAACCACACGUUGUGAUUUCACAUUUUCUUAUUUUUUCUUAGACAUUUCUAUUUACAGUAAAUAUAGUUAAUAUGUAAAUAAUGUACAGAGAGAUUUCUGGAGUGUUAUUCAAUGUAUAUACUCCCACAAGUUGCAUGAAGAAAUACCUUAUUAUCUAUCGAUACUUUGUUGUAAAAUGAAUAGCAAAAUUGGAAGGUGUAUGGCCAUCAAAUUGCAAAUACCGUGUUCACAAAAUAAAAAAUGCAUUGUUC